AUGUUCUGGAGAUUCGGCUUCAGCGCUGCCUCAGGUAUCGACAGCCUUCUCGACAAGGAAGAUGUUUCUCUCGAGGCCAUUCUAGACGAAGACGAGCUCCUUCAGGAAUGCAAAUCACAAAAUACGAGGUUGAUUGAUUACUUCCAACGGGUGGAUGUCCUUCAACGGCUGCUGGGCUAUGUAACGGGUCAGAUAGAGUGCGAGGAGAGGGGGCAGUUCAAGUACCCGUAUGUGGCGACCGAGGUCUUGUGCAGCGAAAUAUGGUCAAUCGUCGAGACGUGUAUCAACGAGCAGAGGCAACUGCUGGCGCCCUUCUGGGAUUCUCUUCUCGACAGAUCCCCCGAAGACAUGAAAACGCAGAUGGUGAUGGCCUCCCACUUUGCCAAGAUAAAUGCCAUCUUCUUGAGCAAGAAACCUGCAGAGAUGCUUGCGUUUAUCCAAUCGCAACCCAAUGUUGUUGAGAGGAUACUACAUCAUAUCGAAAAUCCGUCGUUUGUCGAUCUGUUGUGGCUCUCUUCACAAAAUCUCAUGGCACAGUUAAUCGAACGGUUGGCCCCACAGCAUCCCCCUGAACUACAUGUAGUGGUGGCAGAUUUAAUCAAGGGCAUCAUCUCCUUAGCCACGCCAUCACCAGGUUCCAGCGUUAGCGAGGGACUACAGAACGGAACGUCAUCCAAUCUCUUCGCCCGUGAACUAGCGCGCCAUGAUAGCGUGUCAAAACUUGUGGCAUACGCUCUACAGGAUUUCGGACCAGGUCGUAAUGUGGCCUCUGAAGACGACCAAGACGAUAAAACACAUCCCCCGCUUCCUACUUUCGAAUCGGCUACUUCAUCCGUUAUCCAGUCUAUUGGCGUCGUCAUCGAGCUCAUACGGAAAAACAACUCGGACUACUUCGAGCCUUAUCUAUUCCACACCUUGCGCAACCGGUUGAUGCAGAUACAGCAUCAAUACAGCUCACAGCCUGAACAUGUCACCAGAGAAGCACUCGAACGCGCCAUGGGAGAAAUGGUGGACCGCAUGGGAGUCGUGCAUCUAGGGCCUGUCUUGGAGAUCAUGAACGACAAUCUACAUAAAUUCCUUGAAUACUUGAAGUCGCCACGGAGCUCAACAGGGCUUGUUGGAACGACCGUGGGAAUGGUACUUCCACUCACUUUUGAACGGUUCAGGAUAUGUGAAAUGAUUGCCGAGCUGCUGCAUUGUUCAAAUAUGUCGCUGCUCAACCGUCCUCCAGAGCAGAACAAAAUCUACGACUCCCAGGGUCGUCUGACAGGAGGGCUCGCUGGACUGGAAGAGCUCGCUAAAUUGGUUGACGUACCUGACGGGCCGAACAACGACUCUAUGGAUGACAUAGUCGAUGACAUGGAGCCUUCUCUGGACCUUCCGGUGACGCGUUCAUCACAUUCUCCGUCGUCUCUAGAUUCGGAUGAAGACAUGAGUGAUGAUGACGCCAUGGAGGAAAUAAUAAUGCACGAUGAACCUCCUGCCAUCACACCACCUGGUCUCAGUCCUUCGGAGCCACCGCCUAUGCUCCCGUCGAACACAGAUUCAUCAGUGACUGGGUCCAAUACUCAAGAGGUUGCACUAUCUAGGGUGGACUCGAGAGACACCAGUUCAGAUUCUGAUGCGUCAUCUACAAUUGGACAGCGAUCGCAGAGUUCGAGGAGAAAUUCCAAGCGGUUUACAAUACAAGAACCGCCCCUGAACAAGCCCAUAUUCGUCGGUGAGAAGAUGAAAGCGCGUCUUCUUGAGCUUACGCGUCGUCCCUGUCCUAUUAGUAUACGUUUUCAGGACUUGUUCUUCGAGUAUCCAUGGAACAAUUUCCUACACAGUGCCGUUUAUGACAUUAUACAUCAGAUACUCACGGGCAAUCUAGAAAGUGGAUAUAACAGAGAACUCGCGAUUUCACUCUUCAGGGAUGCGCGUCUGAUGUAUCGUAUCGUGGAGGGACAGAAACACAAUGAUAUCGAGAGCGCGAAGCCUAAAGGCGUACGUUUAGGAUAUAUGGGCCAUCUUCAGCUAAUAUCUGAAGACGUACUCAUCGCGCUUGAGGUCUUCCCGCCAGAAACCAAGAGGCGAGAUAAUAUUCUUCUUGGAGGAGGCAAGCCUAUAGUCGGACCAGAGAGACUCGAGGAGAGUUCAAACGGGCUGUUGGAGCGAGGCCAACACGCUGAGAGCAGUGCAGACUUUGGCGCUCCGAUGGAUGAUGACGAAGACGAUGAAGACGACACAGCACCGGGGGAGUUUGCCAGAUAUCUAGCCCAUGAGAUGAACGCUGAUAACUUUGGCUCUGACGAUGAGGACGAAGAUGGAGGGUGGUUAUCACGAUCUACGUUCACGCUUGGCAAUCCACCUGCCGCAGCUAGGCACCAACAAAGCGAGCGGAGACCACUGAGUGUAAAUGGAUUUGAUGAUGAAUUUGACCCUGGACACAGAUCCAGUUCCGCAGCAUCUGAGGAUCCUUUCAGCUCAGCAGAUGACGAUGCAUUCGGGCCAUUCUCCGACUCGGCAGCUGUCUCCAGCAACGACGCCUUCUUCUCCUCAUUGUCUGAUGAGAUGGAGGACAGCACGUUUGAUAACUUUGGUGACUUUGGGGAUUUCCAGAGUGCUAGUCCGUCGCAGGAUGGGGAGCUUACGCCUACGGCGGGGAGUUGGUCGUUUGCUAGUGAUUCUAGUGAGGGUGCUACGUCGUCGUCUGAUGGUUCUCCCAAGCCUCAGGGUAGGAGUUUACGGGAAGGUGAGGAGAGGAGUCCUUAG